UCCGCACCCCGCGCCCGUUCCUUGCGCCCCAGGUUUUUUUCCACCUGGGGUGAUUUGGUGUGUGAGGUUGGGUUUCGUCAAUUUCCGUCCGACCUUUUUUCUUGAUUGAUAAUAACAUCAGGGUUAUCAUCAGUACAUGGGGUGUCCGUUAGCUAUUAUUGUUGUAGAUGGUUGGAAAUGAAGGAUGAAAAGGUUCCUCUGAAGACGAUAUUGCAAAACUUUAUUAAUCAUGUUGAAGAUCUGGAAAUGCGCUUAAAAGAGAAUGAAGAUCUUUAUGAAAGUGAAUUUCAGGAGCUGAAGAAUAUCAGUGAUGCUUUGAAGACCCAAGAAUACUAUGCCUGCGCAGAGGGAGAGAAGCCCGUCAACAGGCGGAAAAAUCGCUACAAGGACAUCCUGCCUUUCGAUGUCACGCGGGUGGUGCUCAGCGAGUUCCCGGGCGUGGCCGGGUCCGACUACAUCAACGCCAACUACAUCCGCGGCGCCUCCGGCUCGCCGGCCUACAUCGCGUCACAGGGCCCGCUGCCGCACACGGUGGCCGAUUUUUGGAGGAUGGCUGUCGAGUGCGAGGUGCAGGUGAUCGUGAUGGCCUGCAACCAGACCGAGUCUGGCAAGCUGCUACUGAGACCUGAUCAUAAAGACACAAGUGCGAGAACUACGUGCCGGAGUGUGAGGGCGAGCGGCAGGCGUUCGGAGACGUGACGGUGACGCUGAGCCAGAGCCGUCACGUCUGCCCCGACUUCACCGUCCGCAAGCUGAUGGUCCGCUACACCGGCACCAGCGGAACCACAGAGGAGCGCGCCGUCUGCCAGUUCCACUACUCGGCCUGGCCGGACCACGGCGUGCCCAGCUCGGUGGUGCCGCUGCUGCGCAUGAUCCGCAUGCUGCGCGACACGCAGGCCUCGGAGAC